AUGAAGCGACCUGCAGCAGCACAUGGUGGCAAGAUGAAAGCCCCCAAGGCCAUGAAGACGAUGAAAGCCGCCAAGGCCAUGAAGACGAUGAAAGCCGCCAAGGCCAUGAAGACGAUGAAAGCCACCAAGGCCAUGAAGACGACCAAGGCCAUGAAGACGAUGAAAGCCACAGAGGCCAUGAAGUCGAUGAAAGCCACCAAGGCCAUGAAGUCGGCCAUCAAGAAGCCCUCAAUGGCUCAAGUGCAGAGCGAUUCGGAUGCAGACACUUCGGAUGCAGACCCGCACUUGUUGAAGAACAUCAAGGACGGACAGCCAUGGCCCGAGAAAACUGGCUUAGACAUUGUGCUCGAGGACAUGCAGAUUCAGCAGCGCAGGGAAGCCAAUUUGGAGAAGCUUCGUGCGAGAAUUGCACGCGGUUGGGAUGAAGAGUCAUCCUAG